UUCCCUCCCAUCUCUAUAAUAAACCCCAACUAUAGAGAAGUGUUUUUACUCUGCAUUUAGACUAAUGGUUCCCUCCCAUCUCUAUAAUAAACCCCAACUAUAGAGAAGUGUUUUUACUCUGCAUUUAGACUAAUGGUUCCCUCCCAUCUCUAUAAUAAACCCCAACUAUAGAGAAGUGUUUUUACUCUGCAUUUAGACUAAUGGUUCCCUCCCAUCUCUAUAAUAAACCCCAACUAUAGAGAAGUGUUUUUACUCUGCAUUUAGACUAAUGGUUCCCUCCCAUCUCUAUAAUAAACCCCAACUAUAGAGAAGUGUUUUUACUCUGCAUUUAGACUAAUGGUUCCCUCCCAUCUCUAUAAUAAACCCCAACUAUAGAGAAGUGUUUUUACUCUGCAUUUAGACUAAUGGUUCCCUCCCAUCUCUAUAAUAAACCCCAACUAUAGAGAAGUGUUUUUACUCUGCAUUUAGACUAAUGGUUCCCUCCCAUCUCUAUAAUAAACCCCAACUAUAGAGAAGUGUUUUUACUCUGCAUUUAGACUAAUGGUUCCCUCCCAUCUCUAUAAUAAACCCCAACUAUAGAGAAGUGUUUUUACUCUGCAUUUAGACUAAUGGUUCCCUCCCAUCUCUAUAAUAAACCCCAACUAUAGAGAAGUGUUUUUACUCUGCAUUUAGACUAAUGGUUCCCUCCCAUCUCUAUAAUAAACCCCAACUAUAGAGAAGUGUUUUUACUCUGCAUUUAGACUAAUGGUUCCCUCCCAUCUCUAUAAUAAACCCCAACUAUAGAGAAGUGUUUUUACUCUGCAUUUAGACUAAUGGUUCCCUCCCAUCUCUAUAAUAAACCCCAACUAUAGAGAAGUGUUUUUACUCUGCAUUUAGACUAAUGGUUCCCUCCCAUCUCUAUAAUAAACCCCAACUAUAGAGAAGUGUUUUUACUCUGCAUUUAGACUAAUGGUUCCCUCCCAUCUCUAUAAUAAACCCCAACUAUAGAGAAGUGUUUUUACUCUGCAUUUAGACUAAUGGUUCCCUCCCAUCUCUAUAAUAAACCCCAACUAUAGAGAAGUGUUUUUACUCUGCAUUUAGACUAAUGGUUCCCUCCCAUCUCUAUAAUAAACCCCAACUAUAGAGAAGUGUUUUUACUCUGCAUUUAGACUAAUGGUUCCCUCCCAUCUCUAUAAUAAACCCCAACUAUAGAGAAGUGUUUUUACUCUGCAUUUAGACUAAUGGUUCCCUCCCAUCUCUAUAAUAAACCCCAACUAUAGAGAAGUGUUUUUACUCUGCAUUUAGACUAAUGGUUCCCUCCCAUCUCUAUAAUAAACCCCAACUAUAGAGAAGUGUUUUUACUCUGCAUUUAGACUAAUGGUUCCCUCCCAUCUCUAUAAUAAACCCCAACUAUAGAGAAGUGUUUUUACUCUGCAUUUAGACUAAUGGUUCCCUCCCAUCUCUAUAAUAAACCCCAACUAUAGAGAAGUGUUUUUACUCUGCAUUUAGACUAAUGGUUCCCUCCCAUCUCUAUAAUAAACCCCAACUAUAGAGAAGUGUUUUUACUCUGCAUUUAGACUAAUGGUUCCCUCCCAUCUCUAUAAUAAACCCCAACUAUAGAGAAGUGUUUUUACUCUGCAUUUAGACUAAUGGUUCCCUCCCAUCUCUAUAAUAAACCCCAACUAUAGAGAAGUGUUUUUACUCUGCAUUUAGACUAAUGGUUCCCUCCCAUCUCUAUAAUAAACCCCAACUAUAGAGAAGUGUUUUUACUCUGCAUUUAGACUAAUGGUUCCCUCCCAUCUCUAUAAUAAACCCCAACUAUAGAGAAGUGUUUUUACUCUGCAUUUAGACUAAUGGUUCCCUCCCAUCUCUAUAAUAAACCCCAACUAUAGAGAAGUGUUUUUACUCUGCAUUUAGACUAAUGGUUCCCUCCCAUCUCUAUAAUAAACCCCAACUAUAGAGAAGUGUUUUUACUCUGCAUAUAAAAAUAAGCAAACCUACACAGCUCGUUAAUCAACUGCCAGGAGGCAAUACUCGCGUAAAUGAAAAUAACCCAAUUCCUUUCCACUAAUCCCUCCGUUCUUUUUUAUCUCAGGCUUCGGGAACGACGUUCAGACCAAUAUGGGAUACUGAGAUAGCAGGACACACACAUGAUGCAUCGCAGGUUCGGGAAGAACAAAAUAAACAGUACUUAAAAAAAAAAAUCUAACUAUCUUCUAUAUUUGAUAGUGAAGUUUCGGAGAGAAAAUGGUUCAAGGUUUUAGUCUGUGUUUCUGCUUGGCGUUACUUUGCCUCGGACGGUGUGUAUGCAGCACGUGUCCGUUUCAGUGUAGCUGUUUCUUUCACAAACUAUCUGACGGAACCAAAGCAAGGAGUGUCCUUUGCAAUGACCCAGAGAUCACUCUGAUCCCACCCAACUUUCCUACAGACACCUUGAAACUGCGGAUCGAGAAGACUGCCAUCACAAGGAUCUCCAGCGAAACCUUUCACUACCUCAACAGUUUGGAAUUGCUCUGCAUUUCUUUCAACUCUCUGAACUCUUUGAAUGUAGACAGCUUCCGUGGCCUGAGAAGUCUGGAUGAGCUGAGACUGGAAGGGAACGCUCUCACCUCUUUUCCCUGGGAAUCUCUGACUGAUAUGCCCGACCUGAGGCUACUGGACUUGCAUAAUAAUAAGAUAUCGUCGAUCCCGGCCGAGGCGGCCAUCUAUAUCAAGAACCUGACCUACCUGGACUUAUCUAGCAACAGCCUAGUCACGGUUCCUCCUGAGGUUCUCUUUACGUGGUUAUCUGUGAAACCAUCUCAAGGAGAUGGGGAAAGUUCCAAAUAUAUUCUAGGUCUCCAUGACAACCCGUGGCUGUGCGACUGCCGGCUCUAUGACGUGGUCCAGUUCCAGAAGUCUCCAUCCACAUCCGUGACUCUGAUCGACACCAGGCUGCACUGCGCGGACCCAGAGAGCCUGUCGGGGGUGUCGUUCAGCGAGACGGAGCUCCGGAAGUGCCAGGAGCCCCGUGUCCACACGGCUGUGGCCCGGGUCAGGAGCUCCCUGGGGAACAACGUCCUCCUGCGCUGUGGGACAAUCGGAGUCCCAGUACCAGAGCUGUCCUGGACCCGGGCAGACGGUAAACAGAUGAACGGCACUGUUCAGGAAGAAGUUUCAAAGGAGGGAAUCAUUUGGUCCAUCCUGAGUGUUCGUGCUGUCUCUUACAGGGACUCUGGGAAAUACAUCUGCAAAGCGACCAACUUCCUGGGGACUGCAGAUGCCAUCAUCUCCCUAGUUAUCACAGACUCCUUAAAAAAUGAGGAACAAGGUGGCAGCUCCAAGACUAGAAACCAAAGGGGACGGAAAACUGGUGGGUUUGGGAAAGCUGCCUACCAGGAUAAACUUGUUGCAAAAUACAUACCUCCACCAACCACCACGGCAGCCACGCCUAUCAUCGAACCACUAGGACCGGGCGGUUUUACAGGACAGUAUGAUAUCGAGAGCUACGAUAUCUCCAACAGCGUGGUUGACGGACAGACGCCCGGUCCUCCCAUCACGGAGACGGCGAUGCAGGAAGUGGAGAAGGAGGUCCUUAGCAACCUAGCAGCCAACGCCUCUUCUUUACAGGCGCCGGCACCACCGGAGAAACGGGUGGUGCGUUCGGUAAAGAUAAUCGGGGACACCGACCACACCGUCUCCCUGAACUGGCGGGCCCCGGCGGCCAAGAACACCACCGAGUUCAGCGUCCUGUACGCCGUGUUCGGCGAGAGGGACAUGCGGAGGAUCAACGUCGCUGCGGGAAAGAACCGGAUCAUUAUUGAGGGCCUUGUGCCAAGGACAAAGUACAUCGCCUGCGUCUGCGUCAAAGGCCUGAUCCCUAAAAAGGAGCAGUGUGUAAUCUUCUCAACGGACGAGGCGGCCAGCGCAAGCGGCACCCAGAAGCUCAUUAACGUGGUGGUGAUCACCGUGGCCUGCGUGAUCGCUGUCCCCCUGACACUGAUCGUCUGCUGCGGGGCGCUCAAGAAGCGCUGCAAAAAGCUACUGGGGAGAAAAUCCAAAGAUAUCCAAGAAUCAUAUGUGACAUUCGAGACCCUAUCCCCGGGACAGAACCCUAAGGGGAUGGAGGGGGAGUACCUUGCCAGGCAACAGCCAGACGAGUCCAACAGACUGCUCUCUGCUAGGUGCAGUGUGGACUCCGAGGCCAUUUGUAGGACUGAGGGACCGCCUAACGAGUACUUUUGUUGAUACCAACUGAUGGCCUCAAGCCUUUAGAGGGCAGAGAUAGUCUGUCCUUUCCAAGCAGAACUUAAAUAUUUGUUACUAAGGUUUUGUAUGAUUUCAGCCAGUAGUUGACAGUAGCAUGAGUGAAACUGCUCAGAGACUGGACAGAAACAAAAGGCUAGUUGCAUUGACACUCUUUCCUUUGGAAAAAAAACGUGUGGUGAAUAUGUGAGUUAGAUAAAUAAAUGUCGACAUAAGUGUGAUUAUGGGAAUACAGGCAACCCUUGACCUGGUGAACUGUAAUAAAAAACAUUUUUAUAUAUUUUAUAUAUAUUAUAUAUUUUUUUUCAUAAAUGAUUUCUGAUCUGCAAAGAAACAUUUUGUAUUUGUCAUGCACUUUUAAGGGCAGUAUUUAACUUUUCCAAAAUUCCCAGGUUUUACAGAAAUUCUGUGUGGAAGAUUCCCAGAUUCAGAAUGGAAUAAGGAACUCUAAAUGGCCCAUUCUACUAGAAUACAUUAAGCCCAUCUUCUUAAUGACGUUUUGCAAUGAGAUAGAGGAAUGACAGAGUUAUUCUGGAAUUCAUCUGACCUCAGAAUUCUGGCACAGUUGUUAUUUGACAAAAUAAAGUAUUUGUAAAGUAUUGUUGAAGCAGAACUCAUCUCUAGUGAUAUUUUAUACUUUUUUGUAUUUAACAUGUAUGUUAAUGUGCCAGCUUUACUAUCCAAUCAAAGCUAACAUACUAUACAUUUUGUAAUAUGUAUCUAUGAUCUGAUGUGUAUGUAUAAAUGUAUGACAAAUAAAAACUUUUUUUAAAUAAA